AUGGAGAAAGGCUGCUGCAUAAUUGCAUCACUGGCGGCACCUGAGGUUCAGGUAGUCGGUCUGGAGGAGGAAAGCUCCGAGUUUGUGUGUCGAAACACCUUCGGUCAUCCCUACCCCACCACGGGUGCCCGUCAUGUGGAUUCCCGACACCAGAGGGGUGUCCCUGACCUGCUGGCCACCAAAUUAACAAGAAUUUCUGAGCAACCACUAACGUCCUUUGAUUGGAAUAACGUGAACCCAAACUUACUAGGUUCUUGUAGUAUAGACACCACUUGUACAAACUGGGAGCUAGAGACGGGACAGCUGAUUGUCAGGGUGAACUUAGUGUCUGGUCAUGUCAAGACACAAGUCAUUGCUCAUGACAAAGAGGUGUAUGACAUCUCUUUCAGCAGAGCGGGAGGGGGCAGGGCUAUGUUUACCUUGGUGGGACCAGACGGCUCAUUUGGCAUGUUUGACCUCCGUCACCUGGAACACAGCACCAUCAUCAACGAAGACCCGCAGCAACACCCACUGCUUCCACUCUGCUGGAACAAGCAGGACCCCAACUACUUGGCUACCAUGGCGAUGGACAGCCUGGAGAGGUUUGUCUUCAACCAAGGAAAGAAUUCCUUGUCUGGUCGAGACCAUGUUUAA